AUGUCUCUCACCCACGACGACCACAUCCACUACCUUCAACUCGCCCUAUCCGAAGCACGAAAGUCACCACCGAAGCCCACGAAUUUCUGCGUCGGCGCGGUCGUCAUCUCGCCCAGCAAGGCUCACGCCAAUUUCCAGGGCACUUGCUCAACUUGCGAUCCGAAGAUUCUUACGACAGGAUAUACGCUCGAGUGUCCUGGAAAUACGCAUGCCGAGCAGUCUUGCUUCAUAAAAUUGGCGAAGGAGUAUGGUUGUGAAGAGAGCAGUUUAGGAGAGCGAUUGCCUGAGGAUGCGGUGCUGUAUACCACCAUGGAGCCGUGCAACAAGAGGAGCGUGGGGAAUACGCCAUGUACGGAACGUAUCCUGAAUUUGAAGAGACAGGAUGGAAGUCAAGCGGUGAAGACGGUGGUAGUCGGUGUUACAGAGCCCGAGACAUUCGUUGGAGUCAAUGAGGGCAAGAAGAAGUUGGGGGAUGCUGGGAUUCAAGUACUGCACAUUCCUGGGCUCGAAAAAGACAUUCUCGAGGUGGCUACAGCAGGGCAUGAGAAGCAACAAGAUGGCUGA